AACGUUCAGCUACAUACUGUUUGUUUGAUCGCUUUUUGUGUUUGCUGAAGAAAAUGCGCAACAGAAGUCAUAGGAGUUCUUCUUCGAAUCAGUCCAGUUCUUCUGAACGGCAGCCGGACCAAACCAACGCAGGUGCUGAGGGGUGUUUGUCCAGAGCGACGCUGGAGGGUUUGCGAUCGGAGUGUACGACGGUGUGGUUCGACCGUGUCGCGUACGAAAGUGCGGAGAGUCUUUAUUACGUACGACUAAUGCAGCAGCAAAACGGCACGACCGCUCCUGCGAGUUCUCUCGCAAGAAACAAGCAAGAAACCUGCCAGCAUGGAGAGCAAGAGGCGUGUCACCAUGUCGUUCAAACUGUGUGGGUGAAUAAACCCAACUUUGACCAAGCUGAGAGCAAGUUUGUGGGCCUUGUUCCCAACCAACCGAGAUCUCUCCAACUGCAGCCGACCAACUGCGACGAAGGCUACCAAUCGCAAACCCCGACUCCGCCCACACCGGCUUCCAGACCAAUCAAUGGCCUCCCUUCUUUGCCACCGCCUCCAUUGGGGGUGUGGCUACAGAAACCUCUUUUUGAUAAAGCCGAGGCUACUUUCUAUCAGAACCUGUACGGCCGGAGCUCUCCACCGAGAAACCCAGAAACCAGCAGCGAUAGGUCCAACUCCAAACGGCGAAAUAACACGCAAAAAAAGCCUGUGGUUUGCGAUCGCCGGGAAUCAAACAACAUCACCACCAAUCAGAAGGCGGCUCACUGCUAUUUCCUGCAUGUUGACAGCGAGAGGGUGUGGCUAGAUCGCGGUUGCUAUAUGGAGGCGGAGACUCGUUUCUAUGAAGGAGCUACGGCGAGAUCCAAAACAACUGUGAACCAUUCUAGCCAGAAGCAGAAGAUGACUGCAGCACAGUGUUUAGCGCAGGAGAGGAUCUGGUUCGAUAAGCCACGUUACGAUGAAGCGGAACGGCAAUUUUAUGAGCGGAUGAAUGGUCCCACGCAGCCCAAACAAGACACUGGAGCUAACAGCAUCCUUCAGGACAUCGCAAGAGCACGAGAAAACAUCCAGAAAUCUCUCGCUGGGCUGAAGACUACCUUGCAGCCAAGUAGAGGCUCCGCCCCUAAAAUAUCAAACCCCUCCCACUGCUCGUCUCCUAGCGGCGGAGGCAGCGCUGCUGAUUACGGGGAGCUCGCUGCACGCAUGAAGGACCUGGAGCUGGAGAACCAGAGUCUACACAAAGUGGUGCAGGAUCUGCGUUCUGCUCUCAGUAAGGUGGAGAGUCGUGUGUCAGCGCUGGAGAAGCGGACGACAGCACCAACCGUAAACGGCACCGCUCCCGCCGCACCUCAGAAAGCCCCGCCCACUCUGGCGAAACAGGAGGAAGAGGAGGAUGAGGACGACAUUGAUCUGUUUGGCAGCGAUGAAGAGGAGGAUGAGGAGGCCGAGAGACUGAAAGAGCAGCGGCUGCAGGAAUACGCCGCCAGAAAGGCCAAAAAACCUGCCCUCAUUGCUAAAUCAUCCAUCCUGUUAGACGUCAAACCAUGGGACGACGAGACGGACAUGGCCAAGCUGGAGGAGUGUGUGCGGUCGGUGCAGGUGGACGGGUUGCUGUGGGGAGCCUCCAAACUGGUUCCUGUGGGUUACGGCAUCAAGAAACUGCAGAUCAACUGCGUGGUGGAGGACGACAAGGUGGGAACAGACUUCCUGGAGGAGGAGAUCACCAAGUUUGAGGACUACGUUCAGAGUGUGGAUGUUGCGGCAUUCAACAAGAUCUAACACACACAUAAACACUCACAUGAAACUGGAUGAAUAUCCGUUAAUAAAAGAGCUCAGAUGUA